AUGAUGGUGGUGAUGUUGGGCAUGACUUCUGAUUUGUCGAGUAAUUGUUCUGUUGUGAGUUGCGCGACAUCGGUAACUGGUUGUGAUGUUGGUGAUGCAGAUAUUGGUUGCGUGGAUUGUGCAGUGGUGAGUGUAGUCUCAGUGUUGAUGAUGGUGGUGAUGUUGGGCAUGACUUCUGAUUUGUCGAGUAAUUGUUCUGUUGUGAGUUGCGCGACAUCGGUAACUGGUUGUGAUGUUGGUGAUGCAGAUGUUGGUUGUGUGGAUUGUGCAGUGGUGAGUGUAGUCUCAGUGUUGAUGAUGGUGGUGAUGUUGGGCAUGACUUCUGAUUUGUCGAGUAAUUGUUCUGUUGUGAGUUGCGCGACAUCGGUAACUGGUUGUGAUGUUGGUGAUGCAGAUGUUGGUUGUGUGGAUUGUGCAGUGGUGAGUGUAGUCUCAGUGUUGAUGAUGGUGGUGAUGUUGGGCAUGACUUCUGAUUUGUCGAGUAAUUGUUCUGUUGUGAGUUGCGCGACAUCGGUAACUGGUUGUGAUGUUGGUGAUGCAGAUGUUGGUUGUGUGGAUUGUGCAGUGGUGAGUGUAGUCUCAGUGUUGAUGAUGGUGGUGAUGUUGGGCAUGACUUCUGAUUUGUCGAUUAAUUGUUCUGUUGUGAGUUGCGCGACAUCGGUAACUGGUUGUGAUGUUGGUGAUGCAGAUGUUGGUUGUGUGGAUUGUGCAGUGGUGAGUGUAGUCUCAGUGUUGAUGAUGGUGGUGAUGUUGGGCAUGACUUCUGAUUUGUCGAGUAAUUGUUCUGUUGUGAGUUGCGCGACAUCGGUAACUGGUUGUGAUGUUGGUGAUGCAGAUGUUGGUUGUGUGGAUUGUGCAGUGGUGAGUGUAGUCUCGGUGUUGAUGAUGGUGGUGAUGUUGGGCAUGACUUCUGAUUUGUCGAGUAAUUGUUCUGUUGUGAGCUGCGCGACAUCGGUAACUGGUUGUGAUGUUGGUGAUGCAGAUGUUGGUUGUGUGGAUUGUGCAGUGGUGAGUGUAGUCUCAGUGUUGAUGAUGGUGGUGAUGUUGGGCAUGACUUCUGAUUUGUCGAGUAAUUGUUCUGUUGUGAGUUGCGCGACAUCGGUAACUGGUUGUGAUGUUGGUGAUGCAGAUGUUGGUUGUGUGGAUUGUGCAGUGGUGAGUGUAGUCUCAGUGUUGAUGAUGGUGGUGAUGUUGGGCAUGACUUCUGAUUUGUCGAGUAAUUGUUCUGUUGUGAGUUGCGCGACAUCGGUAACUGGUUGUGAUGUUGGUGAUGCAGAUAUUGGUUGCGUGGAUUGUGCAGUGGUGAGUGUAGUCUCAGUGUUGAUGAUGGUGGUGAUGUUGGGCAUGACUUCUGAUUUGUCGAGUAAUUGUUCUGUUGUGAGUUGCGCGACAUCGGUAACUGGUUGUGAUGUUGGUGAUGCAGAUGUUGGUUGUGUGGAUUGUGCAGUGGUGAGUGUAGUCUCAGUGUUGAUGAUGGUGGUGAUGUUGGGCAUGACUUCUGAUUUGUCGAGUAAUUGUUCUGUUGUGAGUUGCGCGACAUCGGUAACUGGUUGUGAUGUUGGUGAUGCAGAUGUUGGUUGUGUGGAUUGUGCAGUGGUGAGUGUAGUCUCAGUGUUGAUGAUGGUGGUGAUGUUGGGCAUGACUUCUGAUUUGUCGAGUAAUUGUUCUGUUGUGAGUUGCGCGACAUCGGUAACUGGUUGUGAUGUUGGUGAUGCAGAUGUUGGUUGUGUGGAUUGUGCAGUGGUGAGUGUAGUCUCAGUGUUGAUGAUGGUGGUGAUGUUGGGCAUGACUUCUGAUUUGUCGAGUAAUUGUUCUGUUGUGAGUUGCGCGACAUCGGUAACUGGUUGUGAUGUUGGUGAUGCAGAUGUUGGUUGUGUGGAUUGUGCAGUGGUGAGUGUAGUCUCAGUGUUGAUGAUGGUGGUGAUGUUGGGCAUGACUUCUGAUUUGUCGAGUAAUUGUUCUGUUGUGAGUUGCGCGACAUCGGUAACUGGUUGUGAUGUUGGUGAUGCAGAUGUUGGUUGUGUGGAUUGUGCAGUGGUGAGUGUAGUCUCAGUGUUGAUGAUGGUGGUGAUGUUGGGCAUGACUUCUGAUUUGUCGAGUAAUUGUUCUGUUGUGAGUUGCGCGACAUCGGUAACUGGUUGUGAUGUUGGUGAUGCAGAUGUUGGUUGUGUGGAUUGUGCAGUGGUGAGUGUAGUCUCAGUGUUGAUGAUGGUGGUGAUGUUGGGCAUGACUUCUGAUUUGUCGAGUAAUUGUUCUGUUGUGAGUUGCGCGACAUCGGUAACUGGUUGUGAUGUUGGUGAUGCAGAUGUUGGUUGUGUGGAUUGUGCAGUGGUGAGUGUAGUCUCAGUGUUGAUGAUGGUGGUGAUGUUGGGCAUGACUUCUGAUUUGUCGAGUAAUUGUUCUGUUGUGAGUUGCGCGACAUCGGUAACUGGUUGUGAUGUUGGAGAUGCAGAUGUUGGUUGUGUGGAUUGUGCAGUGGUGAGUGUAGUCUCAGUGUUGAUGAUGGUGGUGAUGUUGGGCAUGACUUCUGAUUUGUCGAGUAAUUGUUCUGUUGUGAGUUGCGCGACAUCGGUAACUGGUUGUGAUGUUGGUGAUGCAGAUGUUGGUUGUGUGGAUUGUGCAGUGGUGAGUGUAGCCUCAGUGUUGAUGAUGGUGGUGAUGUUGGGCAUGACUUCUGAUUUGUCGAGUAAUUGUUCUGUUGUGAGUUGCGCGACAUCGGUAACUGGUUGUGAUGUUGGUGAUGCAGAUGUUGGUUGUGUGGAUUGUGCAGUGGUGAGUGUAGUCUCAGUGUUGAUGAUGGUGGUGAUGUUGGGCAUGACUUCUGAUUUGUCGAGUAAUUGUUCUGUUGUGAGUUGCGCGACAUCGGUAACUGGUUGUGAUGUUGGUGAUGCAGAUGUUGGUUGUGUGGAUUGUGCAGUGGUGAGUGUAGUCUCAGUGUUGAUGAUGGUGGUGAUGUUGGGCAUGACUUCUGAUUUGUCGAGUAAUUGUUCUGUUGUGAGUUGCGCGACAUCGGUAACUGGUUGUGAUGUUGGUGAUGCAGAUGUUGGUUGUGUGGAUUGUGCAGUGGUGAGUGUAGUCUCAGUGUUGAUGAUGGUGGUGAUGUUGGGCAUGACUUCUGAUUUGUCGAGUAAUUGUUCUGUUGUGAGUUGCGCGACAUCGGUAACUGGUUGUGAUGUUGGUGAUGCAGAUGUUGGUUGUGUGGAUUGUGCAGUGGUGAGUGUAGUCUCAGUGUUGAUGAUGGUGGUGAUGUUGGGCAUGACUUCUGAUUUGUCGAGUAAUUGUUCUGUUGUGAGUUGCGCGACAUCGGUAACUGGUUGUGAUGUUGGUGAUGCAGAUGUUGGUUGUGUGGAUUGUGCAGUGGUGAGUGUAGUCUCAGUGUUGAUGAUGGUGGUGAUGUUGGGCAUGACUUCUGAUUUGUCGAGUAAUUGUUCUGUUGUGAGUUGCGCGACAUCGGUAACUGGUUGUGAUGUUGGUGAUGCAGAUGUUGGUUGUGUGGAUUGUGCAGUGGUGAGUGUAGUCUCAGUGUUGAUGAUGGUGGUGAUGUUGGGCAUGACUUCUGAUUUGUCGAGUAAUUGUUCUGUUGUGAGUUGCGCGACAUCGGUAACUGGUUGUGAUGUUGGUGAUGCAGAUGUUGGUUGUGUGGAUUGUGCAGUGGUGAGUGUAGUCUCAGUGUUGAUGAUGGUGGUGAUGUUGGGCAUGACUUCUGAUUUGUCGAGUAAUUGUUCUGUUGUGAGUUGCGCGACAUCGGUAACUGGUUGUGAUGUUGGUGAUGCAGAUGUUGGUUGUGUGGAUUGUGCAGUGGUGAGUGUAGUCUCAGUGUUGAUGAUGGUGGUGAUGUUGGGCAUGACUUCUGAUUUGUCGAGUAAUUGUUCUGUUGUGAGUUGCGCGACAUCGGUAACUGGUUGUGAUGUUGGUGAUGCAGAUGUUGGUUGUGUGGAUUGUGCAGUGGUGAGUGUAGUCUCAGUGUUGAUGAUGGUGGUGAUGUUGGGCAUGACUUCUGAUUUGUCGAGUAAUUGUUCUGUUGUGAGUUGCGCGACAUCGGUAACUGGUUGUGAUGUUGGUGAUGCAGAUGUUGGUUGUGUGGAUUGUGCAGUGGUGAGUGUAGUCUCAGUGUUGAUGAUGGUGGUGAUGUUGGGCAUGACUUCUGAUUUGUCGAGUAAUUGUUCUGUUGUGAGUUGCGCGACAUCGGUAACUGGUUGUGAUGUUGGUGAUGCAGAUGUUGGUUGUGUGGAUUGUGCAGUGGUGAGUGUAGUCUCAGUGUUGAUGAUGGUGGUGAUGUUGGGCAUGACUUCUGAUUUGUCGAGUAAUUGUUCUGUUGUGAGUUGCGCGACAUCGGUAACUGGUUGUGAUGUUGGUGAUGCAGAUGUUGGUUGUGUGGAUUGUGCAGUGGUGAGUGUAGUCUCAGUGUUGAUGAUGGUGGUGAUGUUGGGCAUGACUUCUGAUUUGUCGAGUAAUUGUUCUGUUGUGAGUUGCGCGACAUCGGUAACUGGUUGUGAUGUUGGUGAUGCAGAUGUUGGUUGUGUGGAUUGUGCAGUGGUGAGUGUAGUCUCAGUGUUGAUGAUGGUGGUGAUGUUGGGCAUGACUUCUGAUUUGUCGAGUAAUUGUUCUGUUGUGAGUUGCGCGACAUCGGUAACUGGUUGUGAUGUUGGUGAUGCAGAUGUUGGUUGUGUGGAUUGUGCAGUGGUGAGUGUAGUCUCAGUGUUGAUGAUGGUGGUGAUGUUGGGCAUGACUUCUGAUUUGUCGAGUAAUUGUUCUGUUGUGAGUUGCGCGACAUCGGUAACUGGUUGUGAUGUUGGUGAUGCAGAUGUUGGUUGUGUGGAUUGUGCAGUGGUGAGUGUAGUCUCAGUGUUGAUGAUGGUGGUGAUGUUGGGCAUGACUUCUGAUUUGUCGAGUAAUUGUUCUGUUGUGAGUUGCGCGACAUCGGUAACUGGUUGUGAUGUUGGUGAUGCAGAUGUUGGUUGUGUGGAUUGUGCAGUGGUGAGUGUAGUCUCAGUGUUGAUGAUGGUGGUGAUGUUGGGCAUGACUUCUGAUUUGUCGAGUAAUUGUUCUGUUGUGAGUUGCGCGACAUCGGUAACUGGUUGUGAUGUUGGUGAUGCAGAUGUUGGUUGUGUGGAUUGUGCAGUGGUGAGUGUAGUCUCAGUGUUGAUGAUGGUGGUGAUGUUGGGCAUGACUUCUGAUUUGUCGAGUAAUUGUUCUGUUGUGAGUUGCGCGACAUCGGUAACUGGUUGUGAUGUUGGUGAUGCAGAUGUUGGUUGUGUGGAUUGUGCAGUGGUGAGUGUAGUCUCAGUGUUGAUGAUGGUGGUGAUGUUGGGCAUGACUUCUGAUUUGUCGAGUAAUUGUUCUGUUGUGAGUUGCGCGACAUCGGUAACUGGUUGUGAUGUUGGUGAUGCAGAUGUUGGUUGUGUGGAUUGUGCAGUGGUGAGUGUAGUCUCAGUGUUGAUGAUGGUGGUGAUGUUGGGCAUGACUUCUGAUUUGUCGAGUAAUUGUUCUGUUGUGAGUUGCGCGACAUCGGUAACUGGUUGUGAUGUUGGUGAUGCAGAUGUUGGUUGUGUGGAUUGUGCAGUGGUGAGUGUAGUCUCAGUGUUGAUGAUGGUGGUGAUGUUGGGCAUGACUUCUGAUUUGUCGAGUAAUUGUUCUGUUGUGAGUUGCGCGACAUCGGUAACUGGUUGUGAUGUUGGUGAUGCAGAUGUUGGUUGUGUGGAUUGUGCAGUGGUGAGUGUAGUCUCAGUGUUGAUGAUGGUGGUGAUGUUGGGCAUGACUUCUGAUUUGUCGAGUAAUUGUUCUGUUGUGAGUUGCGCGACAUCGGUAACUGGUUGUGAUGUUGGUGAUGCAGAUGUUGGUUGUGUGGAUUGUGCAGUGGUGAGUGUAGUCUCAGUGUUGAUGAUGGUGGUGAUGUUGGGCAUGACUUCUGAUUUGUCGAGUAAUUGUUCUGUUGUGAGUUGCGCGACAUCGGUAACUGGUUGUGAUGUUGGUGAUGCAGAUGUUGGUUGUGUGGAUUGUGCAGUGGUGAGUGUAGUCUCAGUGUUGAUGAUGGUGGUGAUGUUGGGCAUGACUUCUGAUUUGUCGAGUAAUUGUUCUGUUGUGAGUUGCGCGACAUCGGUAACUGGUUGUGAUGUUGGUGAUGCAGAUGUUGGUUGUGUGGAUUGUGCAGUGGUGAGUGUAGUCUCAGUGUUGAUGAUGGUGGUGAUGUUGGGCAUGACUUCUGAUUUGUCGAGUAAUUGUUCUGUUGUGAGUUGCGCGACAUCGGUAACUGGUUGUGAUGUUGGUGAUGCAGAUGUUGGUUGUGUGGAUUGUGCAGUGGUGAGUGUAGUCUCAGUGUUGAUGAUGGUGGUGAUGUUGGGCAUGACUUCUGAUUUGUCGAGUAAUUGUUCUGUUGUGAGUUGCGCGACAUCGGUAACUGGUUGUGAUGUUGGUGAUGCAGAUGUUGGUUGUGUGGAUUGUGCAGUGGUGAGUGUAGUCUCAGUGUUGAUGAUGGUGGUGAUGUUGGGCAUGACUUCUGAUUUGUCGAGUAAUUGUUCUGUUGUGAGUUGCGCGACAUCGGUAACUGGUUGUGAUGUUGGUGAUGCAGAUGUUGGUUGUGUGGAUUGUGCAGUGGUGAGUGUAGUCUCAGUGUUGAUGAUGGUGGUGAUGUUGGGCAUGACUUCUGAUUUGUCGAGUAAUUGUUCUGUUGUGAGUUGCGCGACAUCGGUAACUGGUUGUGAUGUUGGUGAUGCAGAUGUUGGUUGUGUGGAUUGUGCAGUGGUGAGUGUAGUCUCAGUGUUGAUGAUGGUGGUGAUGUUGGGCAUGACUUCUGAUUUGUCGAGUAAUUGUUCUGUUGUGAGUUGCGCGACAUCGGUAACUGGUUGUGAUGUUGGUGAUGCAGAUGUUGGUUGUGUGGAUUGUGCAGUGGUGAGUGUAGUCUCAGUGUUGAUGAUGGUGGUGAUGUUGGGCAUGACUUCUGAUUUGUCGAGUAAUUGUUCUGUUGUGAGUUGCGCGACAUCGGUAACUGGUUGUGAUGUUGGUGAUGCAGAUGUUGGUUGUGUGGAUUGUGCAGUGGUGAGUGUAGUCUCAGUGUUGAUGAUGGUGGUGAUGUUGGGCAUGACUUCUGAUUUGUCGAGUAAUUGUUCUGUUGUGAGUUGCGCGACAUCGGUAACUGGUUGUGAUGUUGGUGAUGCAGAUGUUGGUUGUGUGGAUUGUGCAGUGGUGAGUGUAGUCUCAGUGUUGAUGAUGGUGGUGAUGUUGGGCAUGACUUCUGAUUUGUCGAGUAAUUGUUCUGUUGUGAGUUGCGCGACAUCGGUAACUGGUUGUGAUGUUGGUGAUGCAGAUGUUGGUUGUGUGGAUUGUGCAGUGGUGAGUGUAGUCUCAGUGUUGAUGAUGGUGGUGAUGUUGGGCAUGACUUCUGAUUUGUCGAGUAAUUGUUCUGUUGUGAGUUGCGCGACAUCGGUAACUGGUUGUGAUGUUGGUGAUGCAGAUGUUGGUUGUGUGGAUUGUGCAGUGGUGAGUGUAGUCUCAGUGUUGAUGAUGGUGGUGAUGUUGGGCAUGACUUCUGAUUUGUCGAGUAAUUGUUCUGUUGUGAGUUGCGCGACAUCGGUAACUGGUUGUGAUGUUGGUGAUGCAGAUGUUGGUUGUGUGGAUUGUGCAGUGGUGAGUGUAGUCUCAGUGUUGAUGAUGGUGGUGAUGUUGGGCAUGACUUCUGAUUUGUCGAGUAAUUGUUCUGUUGUGAGUUGCGCGACAUCGGUAACUGGUUGUGAUGUUGGUGAUGCAGAUGUUGGUUGUGUGGAUUGUGCAGUGGUGAGUGUAGUCUCAGUGUUGAUGAUGGUGGUGAUGUUGGGCAUGACUUCUGAUUUGUCGAGUAAUUGUUCUGUUGUGAGUUGCGCGACAUCGGUAACUGGUUGUGAUGUUGGUGAUGCAGAUGUUGGUUGUGUGGAUUGUGCAGUGGUGAGUGUAGUCUCAGUGUUGAUGAUGGUGGUGAUGUUGGGCAUGACUUCUGAUUUGUCGAGUAAUUGUUCUGUUGUGAGUUGCGCGACAUCGGUAACUGGUUGUGAUGUUGGUGAUGCAGAUGUUGGUUGUGUGGAUUGUGCAGUGGUGAGUGUAGUCUCAGUGUUGAUGAUGGUGGUGAUGUUGGGCAUGACUUCUGAUUUGUCGAGUAAUUGUUCUGUUGUGAGUUGCGCGACAUCGGUAACUGGUUGUGAUGUUGGUGAUGCAGAUGUUGGUUGUGUGGAUUGUGCAGUGGUGAGUGUAGUCUCAGUGUUGAUGAUGGUGGUGAUGUUGGGCAUGACUUCUGAUUUGUCGAGUAAUUGUUCUGUUGUGAGUUGCGCGACAUCGGUAACUGGUUGUGAUGUUGGUGAUGCAGAUGUUGGUUGUGUGGAUUGUGCAGUGGUGAGUGUAGUCUCAGUGUUGAUGAUGGUGGUGAUGUUGGGCAUGACUUCUGAUUUGUCGAGUAAUUGUUCUGUUGUGAGUUGCGCGACAUCGGUAACUGGUUGUGAUGUUGGUGAUGCAGAUGUUGGUUGUGUGGAUUGUGCAGUGGUGAGUGUAGUCUCAGUGUUGAUGAUGGUGGUGAUGUUGGGCAUGACUUCUGAUUUGUCGAGUAAUUGUUCUGUUGUGAGUUGCGCGACAUCGGUAACUGGUUGUGAUGUUGGUGAUGCAGAUGUUGGUUGUGUGGAUUGUGCAGUGGUGAGUGUAGUCUCAGUGUUGAUGAUGGUGGUGAUGUUGGGCAUGACUUCUGAUUUGUCGAGUAAUUGUUCUGUUGUGAGUUGCGCGACAUCGGUAACUGGUUGUGAUGUUGGUGAUGCAGAUGUUGGUUGUGUGGAUUGUGCAGUGGUGAGUGUAGUCUCAGUGUUGAUGAUGGUGGUGAUGUUGGGCAUGACUUCUGAUUUGUCGAGUAAUUGUUCUGUUGUGAGUUGCGCGACAUCGGUAACUGGUUGUGAUGUUGGUGAUGCAGAUGUUGGUUGUGUGGAUUGUGCAGUGGUGAGUGUAGUCUCAGUGUUGAUGAUGGUGGUGAUGUUGGGCAUGACUUCUGAUUUGUCGAGUAAUUGUUCUGUUGUGAGUUGCGCGACAUCGGUAACUGGUUGUGAUGUUGGUGAUGCAGAUGUUGGUUGUGUGGAUUGUGCAGUGGUGAGUGUAGUCUCAGUGUUGAUGAUGGUGGUGAUGUUGGGCAUGACUUCUGAUUUGUCGAGUAAUUGUUCUGUUGUGAGUUGCGCGACAUCGGUAACUGGUUGUGAUGUUGGUGAUGCAGAUGUUGGUUGUGUGGAUUGUGCAGUGGUGAGUGUAGUCUCAGUGUUGAUGAUGGUGGUGAUGUUGGGCAUGACUUCUGAUUUGUCGAGUAAUUGUUCUGUUGUGAGUUGCGCGACAUCGGUAACUGGUUGUGAUGUUGGUGAUGCAGAUGUUGGUUGUGUGGAUUGUGCAGUGGUGAGUGUAGUCUCAGUGUUGAUGAUGGUGGUGAUGUUGGGCAUGACUUCUGAUUUGUCGAGUAAUUGUUCUGUUGUGAGUUGCGCGACAUCGGUAACUGGUUGUGAUGUUGGUGAUGCAGAUGUUGGUUGUGUGGAUUGUGCAGUGGUGAGUGUAGUCUCAGUGUUGAUGAUGGUGGUGAUGUUGGGCAUGACUUCUGAUUUGUCGAGUAAUUGUUCUGUUGUGAGUUGCGCGACAUCGGUAACUGGUUGUGAUGUUGGUGAUGCAGAUGUUGGUUGUGUGGAUUGUGCAGUGGUGAGUGUAGCCUCAGUGUUGAUGAUGGUGGUGAUGUUGGGCAUGACUUCUGAUUUGUCGAGUAAUUGUUCUGUUGUGAGUUGCGCGACAUCGGUAACUGGUUGUGAUGUUGGUGAUGCAGAUGUUGGUUGUGUGGAUUGUGCAGUGGUGAGUGUAGUCUCAGUGUUGAUGAUGGUGGUGAUGUUGGGCAUGACUUCUGAUUUGUCGAGUAAUUGUUCUGUUGUGAGUUGCGCGACAUCGGUAACUGGUUGUGAUGUUGGUGAUGCAGAUGUUGGUUGUGUGGAUUGUGCAGUGGUGAGUGUAGUCUCAGUGUUGAUGAUGGUGGUGAUGUUGGGCAUGACUUCUGAUUUGUCGAGUAAUUGUUCUGUUGUGAGUUGCGCGACAUCGGUAACUGGUUGUGAUGUUGGAGAUGCAGAUGUUGGUUGUGUGGAUUGUGCAGUGGUGAGUGUAGUCUCAGUGUUGAUGAUGGUGGUGAUGUUGGGCAUGACUUCUGAUUUGUCGAGUAAUUGUUCUGUUGUGAGUUGCGCGACAUCGGUAACUGGUUGUGAUGUUGGUGAUGCAGAUGUUGGUUGUGUGGAUUGUGCAGUGGUGAGUGUAGCCUCAGUGUUGAUGAUGGUGGUGAUGUUGGGCAUGACUUCUGAUUUGUCGAGUAAUUGUUCUGUUGUGAGUUGCGCGACAUCGGUAACUGGUUGUGAUGUUGGUGAUGCAGAUGUUGGUUGUGUGGAUUGUGCAGUGGUGAGUGUAGUCUCAGUGUUGAUGAUGGUGGUGAUGUUGGGCAUGACUUCUGAUUUGUCGAGUAAUUGUUCUGUUGUGAGUUGCGCGACAUCGGUAACUGGUUGUGAUGUUGGUGAUGCAGAUGUUGGUUGUGUGGAUUGUGCAGUGGUGAGUGUAGUCUCAGUGUUGAUGAUGGUGGUGAUGUUGGGCAUGACUUCUGAUUUGUCGAGUAAUUGUUCUGUUGUGAGUUGCGCGACAUCGGUAACUGGUUGUGAUGUUGGUGAUGCAGAUGUUGGUUGUGUGGAUUGUGCAGUGGUGAGUGUAGCCUCAGUGUUGAUGAUGGUGGUGAUGUUGGGCAUGACUUCUGAUUUGUCGAGUAAUUGUUCUGUUGUGAGUUGCGCGACAUCGGUAACUGGUUGUGAUGUUGGAGAUGCAGAUGUUGGUUGUGUGGAUUGUGCAGUGGUGAGUGUAGUCUCAGUGUUGAUGAUGGUGGUGAUGUUGGGCAUGACUUCUGAUUUGUCGAGUAAUUGUUCUGUUGUGAGUUGCGCGACAUCGGUAACUGGUUGUGAUGUUGGUGAUGCAGAUGUUGGUUGUGUGGAUUGUGCAGUGGUGAGUGUAGCCUCAGUGUUGAUGAUGGUGGUGAUGUUGGGCAUGACUUCUGAUUUGUCGAGUAAUUGUUCUGUUGUGAGUUGCGCGACAUCGGUAACUGGUUGUGAUGUUGGAGAUGCAGAUGUUGGUUGUGUGGAUUGUGCAGUGGUGAGUGUAGUCUCAGUGUUGAUGAUGGUGGUGAUGUUGGGCAUGACUUCUGAUUUGUCGAGUAAUUGUUCUGUUGUGAGUUGCGCGACAUCGGUAACUGGUUGUGAUGUUGGUGAUGCAGAUGUUGGUUGUGUGGAUUGUGCAGUGGUGAGUGUAGUCUCAGUGUUGAUGAUGGUGGUGAUGUUGGGCAUGACUUCUGAUUUGUCGAGUAAUUGUUCUGUUGUGAGUUGCGCGACAUCGGUAACUGGUUGUGAUGUUGGUGAUGCAGAUGUUGGUUGUGUGGAUUGUGCAGUGGUGAGUGUAGUCUCAGUGUUGAUGAUGGUGGUGAUGUUGGGCAUGACUUCUGAUUUGUCGAGUAAUUGUUCUGUUGUGAGUUGCGCGACAUCGGUAACUGGUUGUGAUGUUGGUGAUGCAGAUGUUGGUUGUGUGGAUUGUGCAGUGGUGAGUGUAGUCUCAGUGUUGAUGAUGGUGGUGAUGUUGGGCAUGACUUCUGAUUUGUCGAGUAAUUGUUCUGUUGUGAGUUGCGCGACAUCGGUAACUGGUUGUGAUGUUGGUGAUGCAGAUGUUGGUUGUGUGGAUUGUGCAGUGGUGAGUGUAGUCUCAGUGUUGAUGAUGGUGGUGAUGUUGGGCAUGACUUCUGAUUUGUCGAGUAAUUGUUCUGUUGUGAGUUGCGCGACAUCGGUAACUGGUUGUGAUGUUGGAGAUGCAGAUGUUGGUUGUGUGGAUUGUGCAGUGGUGAGUGUAGUCUCAGUGUUGAUGAUGGUGGUGAUGUUGGGCAUGACUUCUGAUUUGUCGAGUAAUUGUUCUGUUGUGAGUUGCGCGACAUCGGUAACUGGUUGUGAUGUUGGAGAUGCAGAUGUUGGUUGUGUGGAUUGUGCAGUGGUGAGUGUAGUCUCAGUGUUGAUGAUGGUGGUGAUGUUGGGCAUGACUUCUGAUUUGUCGAGUAAUUGUUCUGUUGUGAGUUGCGCGACAUCGGUAACUGGUUGUGAUGUUGGUGAUGCAGAUGUUGGUUGUGUGGAUUGUGCAGUGGUGAGUGUAGUCUCAGUGUUGAUGAUGGUGGUGAUGUUGGGCAUGACUUCUGAUUUGUCGAGUAAUUGUUCUGUUGUGAGUUGCGCGACAUCGGUAACUGGUUGUGAUGUUGGUGAUGCAGAUGUUGGUUGUGUGGAUUGUGCAGUGGUGAGUGUAGUCUCAGUGUUGAUGAUGGUGGUGAUGUUGGGCAUGACUUCUGAUUUGUCGAGUAAUUGUUCUGUUGUGAGUUGCGCGACAUCGGUAACUGGUUGUGAUGUUGGUGAUGCAGAUGUUGGUUGUGUGGAUUGUGCAGUGGUGAGUGUAGUCUCGGUGUUGAUGAUGGUGGUGAUGUUGGGCAUGACUUCUGAUUUGUCGAGUAAUUGUUCUGUUGUGAGUUGCGCGACAUCGGUAACUGGUUGUGAUGUUGGUGAUGCAGAUGUUGGUUGUGUGGAUUGUGCAGUGGUGAGUGUAGUCUCAGUGUUGAUGAUGGUGGUGAUGUUGGGCAUGACUUCUGAUUUGUCGAGUAAUUGUUCUGUUGUGAGUUGCGCGACAUCGGUAACUGGUUGUGAUGUUGGUGAUGCAGAUGUUGGUUGUGUGGAUUGUGCAGUGGUGAGUGUAGUCUCAGUGUUGAUGAUGGUGGUUUUGUCUGGCACGACUUGUGCGUUGUCGAGUAAUUGUUCUGUUGUGAGUUGCGCGACAUCGGUAACUGGUUGUGAUGUUGGUGAUGCAGAUGUUGGUUGUGUGGAUUGUGCAGUGGUGAGUGUAGUCUCAGUGUUGAUGAUGGUGGUGAUGUUGGGCAUGACUUCUGAUUUGUCGAGUAAUUGUUCUGUUGUGAGUUGCGCGACAUCGGUAACUGGUUGUGAUGUUGGUGAUGCAGAUGUUGGUUGUGUGGAUUGUGCAGUGGUGAGUGUAGUCUCAGUGUUGAUGAUGGUGGUGAUGUUGGGCAUGACUUCUGAUUUGUCGAGUAAUUGUUCUGUUGUGAGUUGCGCGACAUCGGUAACUGGUUGUGAUGUUGGAGAUGCAGAUGUUUGUUGUGUGGAUUGUGCAGUGGUGAGUGUAGCCUCAGUGUUGAUGAUGGUGGUGAUGUUGGGCAUGACUUCUGAUUUGUCGAGUAAUUGUUCUGUUGUGAGUUGCGCGACAUCGGUAACUGGUUGUGAUGUUGGUGAUGCGGAUGAGAUUUGUGUGUAUAUUAUAUUUGUUAGUGUUGUUUUAAUAUUGUUUUCCGUUGUGAUUUUAUGCGCCAUUAAUUCUUUGUUUAUAUUUUCCUUUUUACUUUUUGGUUUUCUGUCUUUAAGCAGUUUUUCAUCUAUGUUUUGUCCUUGUUCUACUUGA